AUGCCAUACGAGUGUGAUGUUGCUUUUAUCGGCCUUGGCCGCAUGGGUUAUCGGAUGGCUGCAAACAUUCGCCGCUCUCUUCCGCCGACCACAACAUUGAUAGUAAAUGACCUCAACCAAGACGCCUGUGAGGAGUUCAAAUAUGAGCUCGGCCAGCAUGGCCCUGUUGAAGUUGUUAAAACUGCAAAGGAAGCUGCUUCACGGGCCUCAACUGUGAUUUCUAUAGUAACGGCAUCCGCCCAUGUUCGCUCGGUAUAUCUGGACUCUGUCACAGGAGUGAUCAAUGCCCCCGCAGAUCGAAAUCGGUUGUUACUGGAGUGUAGUACCAUUGAUUUGGGAACAACUCGGGAUAUCCAGGAAAAACUCUCUGCAGCCGAUAUUGGGCUGUAUGUGGAUGCUCCCGUUUCUGGCGGGAUCAAAUGCGCAGGCGAUGGAACGCUAGCUUUCCUCAUCGGACACCCCGAUGGACCUUCACAAACCAAAUCACGAAUUUUGAACACCAUCACGCCCAUGGCAAUGGAGGAUCGGAUUAUAUUCUGUGGUGGCUUUUCGACUGGCUUGGCCUCCAAGAUUGCGAACAACUAUCUGGCCUGCAGUAACAUGGCACUCCUUGCAGAAGCAUUCGCAAUGGGAAUCGGCAAUGGGGUUGAUCGGAAGGUUCUCUUUGAAUGCUUCAAGAAAUCAAGUGGUUACUCUUGGGCGGUUGACUAUGCCCAGCCUGUGCCGGGACUUGUGCCUGGCCCCGCGAGUAAUGGCUAUGAGGUUUCGUUUCUCAUGCCGAUGAUUCUGAAGGACAUGUCACUGGGGAUUGAGAUGGCAGGCAUGGCGAAAACCCCUACGCGUGUUGGGGAUGCGGUUUAUGAGCUUUACAAGGGCGCAGAUAGAGAUGAACUGUGUAAAAAUCGAGACUGUACCUCUAUAUGGUUACAUGUGAGUGGCUGCAAGUUCGAUCCCCAAUUCAAGUGA